GGAGCCUAGUUCUCUAGAAGUCACAGCGCUGGAUCCCAGAACUCAGUUCUGUGUAGCUUCUUUGACUGUGCCCGGGCACCCGCAGCGCGCGCCCCACGUGGCUACAGCACGGUCCGCUGUCCGGUCAAGUGCCCCGUGCGCCCCCAACCCGGCCAUGUCGUCUUGCAGCCGCGUGGCACUGGUGACCGGGGCCAACAAGGGCAUCGGCUUCGCCAUCGCGCGCGACCUGUGCCGGCAGUUCUCGGGGGACGUGGUGCUCACGGCGAGGGACACGGCGCGUGGCCGGGCCGCCGUGCAGCAGCUGCAGGCGGAGGGCCUGAGCCCGCGCUUCCACCAGCUGGACAUCGACGACCUGCAGAGCAUCCGCGCCCUGCGCGACUUCCUGAAAAAGGAGUACGGGGGGCUCAACGUGCUUGUCAACAACGCGGGCAUCGCCUUCAAGCUUGAUGAUCUAACGCCCUUUGACAUUCAAGCUGAGGUGACACUGAAAACAAACUUUUUUGGGACAAGAAAUGUCUGCACCGAAUUACUACCCAUAAUGAAACCUCACGGCAGAGUGGUGAAUAUCAGUAGUUUACAGGGUUCAAAAGCUCUUGAAAACUGCAGCGAAGAUCUGCAGGAGAAGUUCCGAUGCGAGACUCUCACAGAGGAGGACCUGGUGGAUCUCAUGAAAAAGUUUGUGGAGGAUACAAAAAAUGAAGUGCAUGAGAGGGAAGGCUGGCCCAACUCCGCUUACGGGGUGUCCAAGUUGGGGGUCACGGUCUUAUCGAGAAUCCUGGCCCAGCAUCUGGAUGAGAAAAGAAAGGCUGACAUGAUUCUGCUUAACGCAUGCUGCCCUGGGUUGGUGAAGAUGGACAUGGCAGGGGCUCAUGGUUCCAGGACCGUGGAAGAGGGGGCCGAGACCCCUGUCUACCUGGCCCUCCUGCCUCCAGAUGCUACUGAGCCUCAUGGCCAGCUAGUCCAUGACAAAGUCAUCCAAAACUGGUGAAUGUCUGCUUUGGAGCUUAAGGUUUAAUAAAUGUUUGUGGAAUGAAUGAAUGAACUCUGA